AUGCCGGACUCCAGCAGCUGUGGAUCUCGUCUGAUACUCGUCUGUUCUCUCCUCCUCAUGUGCGUCCGGCUCGUCACCGGAGAUCAUGCUGGCGUCUGUCCGAAUCACGUCAACACAAAUCUGUGGGUGGACGCACAAAGCACCUGUGAGAGAGACUGUCAGACAGACCAGGAUUGUGCUGCGUUUGAAAAGUGCUGCACUAACGUCUGUGGUCUGCUGAGUUGUGUAGCCGCUCGCUUUUCUGACGGUUCCUCUGCUGAUGGCCAAUCAGGUGUGGGUGUGGCGGUGGGGGGUGUGGCCAGCUGUGAUAAGUUUGUGUGCAGCCAGCAGGGGGCGGAGUGUGACGUGUGGGAGGGGCAGCCAGUGUGUAAAUGUCACGAUCACUGCGAAAGUGAGCCCAGUUUCACUUGCGCCUCGGACGGACUCACGUACUUCAACCGCUGCUACAUGGACGCAGAGGCAUGCAUGCAGGGGAUCACACUCAUCGUGGUAACCUGCCGGUAUUACCUGUCCAGUCUGAACCCCAGCCCCCUGCCGCAGGACACCACCGCUCAACCUACGCUCGCCAUGCCCGACUCUGACCCCUUCCCACCCACCCUCUACUCCAACCCCCAGCACCAGGUCAUUUACCCGGGUGGAACGGCGAGCUUUCACUGUGAUGUGAUCGGCCACCCCAAGCCUGAUGUCACCUGGGAGAAGCAGUCCGAGGCACACAAAAUAAUCGUCAUGAGGCCAGACCAGAUGUACGGUAACGUUGUCAUAACCAACAUCGGUCAGCUGGUGGUGUAUAACGCGCACAUCUUGGACACAGGAAUCUAUACGUGUAUCGCACGCAACGCUGUGGGAGCGUUGAGGGCUGAUUACCCACUUUCAGUUGUAAGGCACAAUGAUGACGAUUUCUUUGAUGACCCAGAAGCGGGCUUGCCGUUAGGUCGUCCAUUCUCGCCCGCUGAUUGCUUGGCGCCGGUGGAGCGUGCAGAGUGUGGUGAGAAGCUAGUUGACUGGUUCUAUGAUGCGCCACAGGGUUCCUGCCACGCAUUUGCUCACGGGGGCUGCGAAGGUGGCCGCAACCGCUUUGAGACGUACGAGGAGUGCCGCGCAGCGUGUCAGAGCGAGGGUCUGGCUGUGUGCUCCCUGCCCGCUGUACAGGGCCCGUGUAAACACUGGGAGGCACGCUGGGCAUACAACACACUCACAAAACAGUGUCAGGCUUUCAUCUAUGGUGGCUGCCACGGCAAUAAGAACAACUUCCGCACCCGUAAAGAAUGCGAAGCGAGCUGCCCACAUCUCAAGGGCCGUCCUUGUAAAAGCUGCCGGCCGAAAGGAAAAAUGGUGUCGAGUCUCUGCCGCAGUGACUUUGCCAUCGUGGGACGCCUGACUGAACUGAUCGAGGAGCUGGAUUCGGGAAUUGCACGCUUCCGUCUGGAGCAGGUGUUGCGUGACGAGGAAAUGGGCCUGCAGCUCUUCAAAACGCAACAUCUGGAGGUGACGCUGGCACGCAUGGACUGGAGCUGCCCGUGUCCCAACAUCACGCAGCACCAAGAGCUCCCCCUGCUGGUGAUGGGCGAGGUGCAGGAUGGAAUGGCCGUCAUUCUGCCUCACAGUUAUGUCAGACCCAUUUCUGACCGACGACUCAAGAAGAUCCAAGAGGUUCUGAGCAAGAAAACUUGUGAGAUGCUUCAGAGAUUCCAGGACUGACACUCAAACAGAUCAGUUUCAAUAUGUAAAAUUUGAGGACUUAAAAAUCAAGGGUACAUGUCAAUCUGCUGCCUACUUCAAUAGUCAGGGCACUGACCAGGGAGUCGGUCAUUUCUAGGUCUGUCCCAGUCAUUCAAGUGCACUGAAACCUUCUGUGACGAGGAGGAGGGCGGGGCGGGGCCGGGCCGUAACUACGCACGCCCGGACCCCAAUCGGGCUAAUCAGCUGAGGAGAGGGAUAAGUGCAGCGAAUGCGGCUGUUCGGGAGAGAGACAGCCACAUGUAGCUGCCAUGUGUGUGUGUGUGUUGUGUUUGUCUUUUUGUUUAAGUUCUCAUUAAAUAUCAUUUUGACUGUUCAGCCGGUUCCCACCUCCUCCUUUCCCAUCCUUAACCUUGUUACAUUGGUGCCAAAGCCCAGGAAGGAGGAGGGAUGCACUGUUGUGGAGUCCUCGCCACUGCCAUCCACCCAAAGGAGCAGCCGCGGCCAUCCGCCGGGGGAUGGAGGUGUUGCUGCCAACCACCUGGACGCGGAGGAAUGGCUGCUGUCCGCGAGGGGAGGAGGGGCUCGCUGCUGGUCGCCUAGAGUGGUGGAGCCACUGCCAGGUGCGGAGGAGUUCCCUACCGAUCGCCAAAACGUGGAGGGGUGUUCCAACCGCCAGGGGUUGGAGGACUCGCUCAGGUCCGCCCGGGGAGGAGUGACUGUCGUCUGCCAGAGGGUGGAGUGAUCGAGGACCAGGCAACGGCAUGUCUGGGAAACCGGUGAGCAAGUUUUUUUUUUUCUCUCUCUCUCUCCCGAACUGCUGCAUUCGCUGCACUUAUACCUCUCCUUGGCUGAUUAGCCCGAUUGGGGGCCGGGCAUGCAUAGUCACGGCUCGGCCCCACCCUCCUCCUCAUCACACCUUCGCUCCAUAAAAAUUCCAAGAAUUCACCGUAAUAACCAAGGAGCAUUGUUGCUCACUAUCUUCCCUUACUGGAAAUGAUGUCAUGUCUUCUGAAGUUUCUCAAGAGGAGCAAAAUUGUACAUUUAUAGAGUCAAAGCCUUUUUUUCUCUUAAAAAGUGGUUAAGUUUGUAUUUUUUUUUUUUCAAUUUUCAUCCAUAAUUGGAAGAAGAUUAAAAAUACAUUCCUUUGUAUUACGUCUGUAUUUUUUUCUUUCUUCAUAAUAGCACUGUACGUUUUAAUAUCUUCAACUAAAAUUGCACAAUAGUGUCUUUAAUAAAACCUUGUAAUUGUGUCUCAGGUAAUUGUGUCACAAUAUUUAGACGAUGAACACCCUUUUUGAGUGCCUGAAUUCUUGUUUACAAUAUACUGAUUCAUGACAUUGUGAGCUAGAGAGCAAGAUGAGAUGCACUCCAGGACACCUGAAGACUGAUUGUGUGUGAGUGUGUGUUGCACAAUGUCUAAAUAAAGACAAGCGGAUCUUACUAAGAACUUACUGAAAGUGUGCUUGUGUGUGUGUGUGUGUGUGUGUGUGUGAAAUACACCCUUCCUAUUAUGUGCUCAUAAGCUUUCACACAGAUACUGAAGAUCAUGCGUGUGCCUUAUGUAAUGAGUGUUACUUUUUUGAAACUUCACAACUUGUCUUACUGUAACAACACACACUGCUGUUAUAAAAACACACAUAUGCACAUAUACAGAGAUGAUGUCGAUUUAAAGCAAAAGUCUUUCAAACGGUGAACCUCACUAGUCAGUUUUCAUAUCAGUAAGGACAUUUUCAGUGAUGUGGCUGUCACAGUUAUAGCAACACACACACCCUGGGAGGGUGAGAAGUGCAGAGGUGCAGAGGAAAUUAAGAAACACACAGGAAGUCUUUAACAUAGAGACAGACGGAGAGAUCACAGCAGCAUGAAGAGCAUGAAGCUUUAUAUACUGUUUGUGUGGGUGUGUGUGUCAGCAGGUUUUAAUCUGGACACUGAACAUGCGCUCUGGUUUAACGGCACUCGUGAAGAUUUCUUCGGCUACAGUGUUCAUCAGUAUGAAUCUGAAAACAGGAAACAAAUUAUUGUUGGAGCUCCGUUACAAAGAAACUCA